CGUCCACAGACAGGAGAUUUCGAAUCCGGAACUGUAUCACAGUGAACACAGCGUACUGUAAAAGCGAGCCAAAAAGGCACGCCCGAAUUUCUCAAGCACAACUCUCUCUCAAUUCAUUUGCUUAGGCGCGUAAUGGUCACUGCAUGAUUUCUUUAGUUUCGUUGACCUGAGGCCAUUAAUUCUUCACCUCUCACUGACUCACUCCUAUGUUUGUGUAUUUGAGUUGCAUGUGGUGGAUUUUCCAUGGAAACAGAGGUUGAAGUUGAGGGGAACGACGAAGGGAAGUUUGAGGAACCUGGGUUUGGGAAAAUUUACUCUUCUCUAUCAUCAGCCAAGCAGCUCACUGAUCCUGUUGUAUACAAGCUUGUUCGGGUGGAAGGAGAUGGGAGACUAGUGCCUGCGACAGAUGAUGAAGUAAUGGAGGUUAAGGAUCUGCUUGUUGAUGAGAAGAGCGAAGUGUGUACUGUUGCAGAUGUAGGGCAGCCUAUAGGGUGUAUUUCCAAUGAUCGAUCUUCCCCUGGCAUGCUGCCACAGUUGGAAAGCUCAGAAGGUUUGUCACCAUCUGAGAACACAGAAGUUGAUCCAGACAAAUUAAAUGCACGACUUGAGUACAUCGAGGAGAUGUUGCAAAAGGUGAAAGAGGAAGAGAGGCUCCGCAUAGCAUGUGGAUCUCGUGAUUAUUCUUCUGCUUGUGUCAUUGUAGACAGCCAGUGUUCUGAUCAGCUUGAUAAAUUGCCUGCUAUUGAUGAGAACCUCCAAUCUGAAAUUCCCUUGCAGGAAACUGGCCCUUCCUUUGCGCCGAGUUUGAUUCAAAGCCAUAUGCAUCAAUCUGGGGGCGUUGGGGAGUGCUCAAAUGCUCCAGUACUGACAGAAGGUCGAGCUUUGACUUCUACCACUGUGACUACUUCAAAACCUGAUUUUUCCAAGUUAAACGGGGAAAUAUGCUUGGAUAAUUUGUCAAUUAAAGAACUUCAUGAAACUUUUAAAGCAACAUUUGGGCGUGAAACUACUGUCAAGGAUAAGCAAUGGCUUAAGAGAAGAAUUGCCAUGGGAUUAACUAAUUCUUGUGAUGUUUCAGCAACAACUUUCAUAAUUAAAGAUAACAAAUUAGUUAAUAAAGGCAAAGAAGACGGUUCUGAUAAUGGGGACGGUGCCUUAGCCAAUGAUCCAGCAACAGGAACAACAAUGAGUGGUGGUCAGCAAGGGUUGCCAAUUAGCCAUGGCAGCCAACUGGAAGAUCAAGUUGUUUCUGACAAGAGAAAUCGUAACAUAGGUGACAAUUCUGGUAGUGAAGAUCAUCACACAGAACAAAGAGCUGCCAAACGAGUUCGGAAGCCUACAAAACGGUAUAUUGAAGAACUUUCAGAAGUGGAGUCCAAAGAGGCUAGUGGAAAGUUAAGGCCUAUAGUGAAGAAUUCCCUACUUGGACAGAUGUCCUCAAAUUUUCAUACGAGGUCUGCUAGAAAUGUCUCUUUAGAGGGGAGAACUGUUGUCACAAGGUUGGAUUCCCUUGGAGGAUCUGGGAUUCAGAUUCCAUGUGUUUCUCGGGUUCGAAGAAGCCGUCCAAGGAAAAAUUUCAUGGCUCUUCUGAAGUUCAACCCAAGUAGCAUGGGUGUGACAGCUGAAUUGGUAAAGAAGGCACUUGGUGCACAUAGUUUUCUACCAGAUAAUUAUGAGAAUGAGAGAGCUCAAUCUGCUCCUGUACAGGUUCAGCACAGGUUUCUAGGUGUAGCAGAUGAAGAUAGACAGUUCUUGUCAACAGGUGCAGUUGGGGGCCAUCACAAGGUGCUGAAACAAGUAGAUUCAUCGGGGGAUUCGGAUGAUAAUGUAGUCACUGUGCCCACAUCAAAAGGUGGCAUUAGAAGGAAACAUCAUCGAGCUUGGACUCUCUCAGAGGUCAUGAAGCUAGUUGAGGGUGUAUCUAGGUAUGGGGCUGGAAGGUGGUCUGAGAUCAAGCGGCUUGCAUUUGCAUCAUAUUCGUACCGCACCUCUGUUGAUCUCAAGGAUAAAUGGAGGAAUCUACUAAAAGCUAGCUUUGCACAGAUACCUUCAGAUAAAGGGAUAAAUUCCCGAAAAAAUGCUGCUACAAUGCCUAUUCCUGAACCAAUAUUAUUGAGAGUUAGAGAGCUUGCUGAGACGCAGUCACAGGUUCCGCCAAAUCUAAGCUCAAGCAAGGUUCCUGGAACUGGAAGUAGUGGAAAUAGUGUACAUGAAAAACAAUCAGGAUACUUGUAACACUGUACCUAGUAGUUUUUUAGUUGUGUAAAUUGCAAAUAAAUCACAUCAGUGUGUCUACAUUUUGAUGUC